AGUGUCGUGUCAGUGACGAGCGAUCCCGGAAGACUCGUAUUGUUAAAGCUGUCAGUGUGCAUUGAUACUACUUUCCAAAAUUAAGUAAUAUUUUCAGUUCAUUUCAUUCAGUAAUUUGAAUUAAACAUCAUGUCCGCUAGAAAUCCAGGAAUGGAACUUGAUCUUGGAUGGGUUUCGAAAGUCAGAGUCAACACUCAAGCUGUUCUUAAACGAGCUCAGCAGAUCCAGGGAAGCAAAGUGGCCAAAAAACAGUGGCAGGCUGCCUGGCUGCUGAAGGCCGUCACGUGCAUUGAUCUGACGACACUCGCUGGUGACGAUACACCUUCAAAUGUCCAUCGACUCUGCAUGAAGGCCACACAACCGAUCCGGCAUGAUCUGCUAAAGAGCAUGGACAUGCACGACAAAGGAAUCACGACUGCAGCGGUAUGUGUGUACCCAUCACGGGUGGCUGAUGCUGUGAAGUCUCUUAAAGCAGCCAAAUCUAGUCUUCCUGUUGCAUCUGUGGCAACUGGUUUUCCUGCUGGACAAACUCCAUUGAAGACCCGUCUUGAGGAGGUUCAGAUGGCCGUGGAAGAUGGUGCUACAGAGAUCGAUAUUGUCAUAAACCGGACUUUGGCACUCACUGGGCAGUGGACAGCUCUCUACGAUGAGAUCCGGCAGUUCAGAGAGGCCUGUGGAGACGCCCAUAUGAAGACCAUCCUGGCCGUGGGAGAGCUGGGAACCUUCACAAACGUCUACAAGGCCAGUCUGGUGUCCAUGAUGGCAGGAUCCGACUUCAUCAAAACUUCAACUGGCAAGGAGUCCGUCAAUGCCACUUACCCCGUUGCCAUAGUAAUGGUGCGGGCCAUCCGUGACUACUACUUAAGGACAGGCUAUAAGGUGGGUUUCAAGCCCGCGGGAGGCAUCCGUACAGCGCAGGAGUCUCUGGUGUGGCUGACCCUAAUGAAGGAAGAGCUUGGAGACGAGUGGCUCAGUCCUCACCUUUUCCGACUGGGAGCGAGUAGCCUGUUAGCUGACAUCGAACGGCAGAUUUACCAUUACGUGACUGGACGCUAUCCUGCAUAUCAUGAACUCCCUAUGGCCUGAAUCUGUGCAAAAUCAUGGGAGAUUUGAACCAAUGAAAACUGUUCAGAUCAGCCAGUGACGUGAUGGAAAGAAGUCAUAUCUGUUUAUGAGGUCAA